AUGGCGUCCCCCAGGAUCGAGGCUGUCGUCAGGCAGCGGCACAGGAUGGGGGAGAGCCCCGUGUGGGAAGAGGGGACAGGGCAGCUGCUGUUCGUGGACAUCACCGCGGGGCUCGUGUGCCGGUGGAGCCCACUCACAGGGGAGGUGCAGACCGUGGGCCUGAGAAACCGCGUUGGCUUCAUGUCUCUGCGCCAGAAAGGGGCCUAUGUGGUGGCAGCCGGCACCCACCUCGGCUUCCUGGACUGGGAGACACAGCAGGUGCAGUGGGUGGCCUGGCUGGACAGGGACAAGCCCCACAACAGGUUCAACGACGGGAAGGUGGACCCUGCCGGGCGGUUUGUGGCAGGUGCCAGGGGCCAAGCAGGCAGCUUUGGGCAGCUGUCACCCUUCACGGCAGGAGACCACUCGGAUGUCCAGUGCAUGCCACACCUGCAUGGGCUGGGCAUCCCCAGUGGGCUGGACUGGUCCCUGGACCACAGCACCUUCUGCCACGUUGACAGCCUGGACUACUCCGUGCAUGUGUACGGCUAUGACGUGCAGACCGGCAAGAUCGCAAACCCAAGGCUCCUGUACCAGCUGCCACAGGGGCAGGGAAUGCCUGAUGGGAUGUGUGUGGAUGUUUCAGGGAAGCUCUGGGUGGCCUGCAUCAACGGGGGCAGAGUGAUCCGCCUGGAUCCCGAGACAGCGUCACAGCUGUGCAUGGUGGAGAUGCCUGUAUCCAGAGUCACAUCCUGCUGCUUCUGGGGGACCGAGUAUGCGGACCUCUACGUGAGCUCCGCAGCGGAUGGCCUGAGCCUGGAGCAGUUGUUGCAGGAGCCCCAGACCGGACAUGUCUUCAAGGUCACAGGCCUGGGGGUGAGAGGGGUCGCAGCUCGACCCUACACUGGCUGA